AUGUUUUUCGUCAAUUGUCUGUCAAUCGUUUGUGUUAGUGAUACACAUCAAAAGCAUCGCCAACUCAGCGAUCGAUUAAAAACUACUCAUUCCGGUGAUAUUCUUAUUCAUGCUGGUGAUAUGACCAACUUCAGUCGUGGUGCUCAACCAUUUGAAGAUUUUGAUCAAUGGUUAAAAGAGCUCCCAUUUCGUUAUAAAUUAGUUGUUGGUGGAAAUCAUGAAACUAUCACAAACGUAGAUCUUAACUAUGGAAUCGUGUUGAAAAACAAAGAGAUUAUCAUUGAUAACUGCCUUCGAAUCUAUGGUGUAUCAUGGCGUCCCGUAGGUGACUCAUCUUGGUCAGAUAUUCCAUUGAAUUCUCAUAUUGUUAUCACUCAUAAUCCACCCUUUGCACAUAAUGAUUCACAUUCUGAUUUAGAAUUUAAAUUAAAGUCAAGAUUAGAUAAAGUCAGACCUCUACUGUCAGUUUUCGGUCACAUUCAUGCUGAUUAUGGGGUAUAUCAGCAAGAAGCUGGAGUUCUACUUGUCAAUGCAGCAUCUUCACCUAUGUCUCCAUCUCAACCGUUGAAUGAUCCGUUGAAAUUCAAAAUAUCGAUCGAUGAAAAUGGAACAGUGAUUUUAUUUUGUGUGACGCAGUUUAACGCUUGCUUAAAUCACUCGAAAAUGAAUCCAUCAGAUGCAUCUUCAGUUUCUAACGACCUUCGACUUCCUGACGAGAAGUAUGUAACGCUUUCCGAUGGUCGACAAUUAGCAUAUACUGAAACAGGUGACACAAGUAGUGAUAAAAUUAUCAUCUUCUUUCAUGGACUUGAAAAGCUCUACAAACCCAAAAAGUUUCGUCAAAAUCGGAGCUGGUCGCCGAAUGGACCUGGUGGUUUCCCAUGGAAACACCCAAUAGUUUGUGCAGCGCAAACGAAGAUGGCUGCAGCGAUUGAAGACGUGAAAAAAGUACCGACCGAUUGUGCGCUUAGACAAAGUAUUGCAAGAGAAACUAAGCCUGAUGCACCUUAUGAAUAG